GACAAUUAUGUGUGCGUUUGGGGUUAGAUAUAUCCAGUUUCAGACUCUGAGUUGCGCCUAAAGCCUUAUUAUAUACGGAAGAAACAAAAUGAAGCUUGCUUCCCUGAUUUCUGGUUGCAGUGAUAACACACGUCUUCUCUCUAUUAAGGAUACUGUGAAAAGGGAAGAUAAGCUCCUCAUUCCUAGAAAUUCAAAAGAAGUGAAGUUUUUCAAGAGCUUGGCUCCUCCUCUUGUGACUGCGUUUCUGGUCUUAUCUCCAUUUUCCACCACUCCAGCUUCAAUUGGCCAAACCAUAGAUAUUCACAGAGGAGCCUCAUUGUUUAGUCAAACUUGUAUUGGAUGUCACGAUGCAGGUGGAAACAUAAUACAACCAGGGUCAACACUAUAUACAAAGGAUUUACAGAGAAAUGGAGUUGAUACAGAAGAAGAAAUCUACCGUGUCACAUACUAUGGCAAAGGAAGAAUGCCAGGCUUUGGUAAAGAGUGCAUGCCACGGGGUCAAUGCACAUUUGGAGCUCGUUUGGAAGAUGAAGAGAUCAAGAUAUUGGCCGAGUUUGUCAAGUUACAGGCUGAUCAAGGGUGGCCAAGCAUAGAAACUGGAGAAAAAUGAUUUAGCUAUUAGCUUUUAUUCCAUCUUUUCAUAAUAAAUAGGUAUGCAACGAUUGGUUUACAGUUAUUUUGAGCUUAUGCAGUUAUUUUGUACCCAGACAUGAUAUAUGGUUGAAAUUUUGACUUUAUUUAUAUAGAUUUAGGUAGGUUUUGGGUUUGGAUUCUUCUAAAAUUACCAAAAAUUGAUGCUAAAGCCGUACCUACAAUGAGGUAUACUUCUACGGGUACUUUGUAAAUCUUUAUGGAACAGAUCGAGUUAUUCUUUUGCAUACUAUGUUAAUAUUAAAUGGAUCAGAA